UGAUCCGCAGCAGUCAGCCAAUCAGCGGGUCCGUAGCUGGCCCCUCCGCCACGCCAACUCCACUGUUAAGGGCAACGAGCUGAGGUCCAGCGUGCAUAGAUUGUGUGUUCCAGAGUCAGAAUACGGGAGGGGAGCCAGACGGUGGUGGUGAAGCGCUCAACUUUUGGCCAAUUGGGGCCGAACCGUGGGCCUUUCGCUCAGCCUUGUAAUUUGUACCCGGUCCUAAUAUAUAGGUCCUUAUUCCCAACUUUACACGACUUUUGUUCUCUCCGAUACUUUCAACCCUCAACUUCAGCCACGCCCACAGUACCAGAUAUACCGUUAAUUUAACAAGACAACUUUUCGUUCACAAUGGAGAAGCAAGGAGCCACUUACCCUCAAGCCACUGAGAUGCAUUCUCAACAACCGCCCGUAUAUCACGACCCAAACAGCCCUCCUCCCCAAGGACAGCCGUAUGCUCCUCCUCAGGGCUACCCAGCUCAGUCUCCCAUGCAGCAUCAACAGACUGGCCAGCCGCAGUACUUCCAACAACAGCCUCAACAUACUGGCCAAUAUGCCGGCUCACCUCCAGCUGGUCAAUUUGCUGGCUCGCCCGCUCCUCAAGCGCACACACCCGGCGCUCAAUCCCAGAUGAUGCAAGGCACCGAGCAACGUCAAUUCCAGAAUGUAACCCCUAUUGCCUCACUCGGACGUGGCCCUGCACCUGUAGAUUGCCCUGCCUGUGGCCAGCGCGCCAUGAGCAGCAUCAACUAUGAAGUUGGUAACUCCACACACGCCUGGGCACUCGCUUUGUGCUGUCUCGUCUGUCUCGGCUGCAUUCCCUACCUGAUGAACUCGCUGAAAGAUGUCCAACAUAAGUGUGGACGCUGCGGCGUCUUGCUGGCCACCUGGCACAGGUCAGGUAGCACUGAGGUGCAUAUUCACAGCUAGUCAUUGAAUACGCGAGAUGACUUUUGUCGUUCUUUAACUUGCAUGUCUUUUGAAUGAUAUUGGGCGGCUCCCAAGGGGACAGUCCCGUGUUGUAA